AUGGAGUCGGAAUACUCGACUCGGCGUCGCCUUCCACCAUGGGAGGAAAAGUCGAUGAAAAAGUUAGUUUAUCGUGCACUGCUGGUCGUAGCCGUGCUGGGAGUGGCCACCGUGGCAACUCCUAAAGCGGCCGACGCGGCGGGCUGGGGGUUCUCCAUUACCUCGGGUUACCCGGGAUAUUAUGCUCGCUCGCCGGGAUACUACUCCCACGGGUAUUCGUACCUUGGUCCGCCAAGCUACCGCUACUACCCACGACGAGCCUACUACCCUGGCUUCUACGGUUCUAGCGACGAGAGGAAUGAGGCUAUGAAGUGGUUCUGGCAGGCGGCGGUGUGGGGGCUUGUGGCUUGUGGUUUAACAACCUCGUGCCUCGCGCAAGACUCCGGCAAUCAACCUCCCGCCAUCGACACUCGUCGCGGCGAUGCGAUGAUCGCCGAGUAUUUCCGCCAGGAAACCCAGAAACUGGCCGACGACUGUCUGACCGACAUCAAAACGCUCGACGACUGGACCGCCCAUCGGGCCGAAUACGAAGCCCAGCUUUAUGAAAUGCUGGGGCUCGAUCCACUGCCCGAGAAAACCCCGCUCGAACCGGUCAUCACCGGCCGCAUCGAGCACGACGACAUCGUUGUCGAGAAGCUCCAGUUUCAAUCCCGCCCCGGGCUAUACGUUACCGCCGACCUGUAUCUCCCCAAGCAACUCGAUGGCCCCGCCCCCACGGUGCUGUAUGUCUGCGGUCAUGGUCGGGUGAAGCACGACGGGGUGAGCUACGGCAACAAAGUGCACUACCAUCACCACGGAGUCUGGUUCGCCCGCAACGGCUACGUCUGCCUGAUGAUCGACACCCUGCAACUGGGCGAAAUCGAAGGUCUGCAUCACGGCACCUAUCACGAAGACAUGUGGUGGUGGUUCUCCCAUGGUUAUACGCCCGCCGGGGUGGAAGCCUGGAACUGCAUUCGCGCGCUGGAUUACCUCGAGACCCGCGAAGAAGUCGACCCCGAACGUAUGGGCGUCACCGGCCGCUCAGGUGGCGGGGCCUACAGUUGGUGGAUCGCGGCCAUCGAUCAGCGAAUCAAAGUGGCCGUCCCCGUGGCCGGCAUCACCGACCUGGAAAACCAUGUGGUCGAUGGCGUCAUCUCCGGCCACUGCGACUGCAUGUUCAUGGUGAACACCUACCAGUGGGACUACGCCAAGGUUGCAGCCCUGGUGGCUCCCCGCCCGCUGCUGAUUGCCAACACCGAUCGCGAUUCGAUCUUUCCGCUCGACGGCGUGGUGCGGCUCUACGAAAAGGUGCGGCACAUCUACCAACUUUAUGGGGCCACCGAAAAGUUGGGCCUCAACAUCACCGCGGGCCCACACCAGGAUACACAAGAACUGCAAACGCACGCUUUCGUCUGGAUGAACCGCUACCUCAAAGGCAAAGAGUCGCCCAUCGCCCAGCCGGCCGAGAAGCUCUUCCAGCCCGAGGAACUCAAGGUCUUCGACGAACUUCCCGAGGACCAACUGAAUUCUGAAAUCCAACAAACGUUCGUCACUCGCCAGUCGCCCGACACGCCACCCACCGACGCUUCGCAAUGGGAACAGCAGCGCGACGCCUGGCUAGACAUUCUCCGCGAGAAGACCUUCGCCGCCUGGCCUGAAGAAAACGCCGAGAACUUGUCGCUGGAACCGGCCUUCUCCGUUGAGCACGAAGGGCUGCGAUUCCGCGGUUUCGAUUUCACCUCACAAGGCCCCAUCCGUCUUCGUCUCUACAUGGUCGAGCGGGCCGACUUGGACAACCCUGAGCUGGUUGUGCUGAACGUGCUGGACGAUCAGCGAUGGCAAGAAUGGCUCGCCACCAUGCAGGUUGGGUUCGCCGAAGCCCUUCAAGGCGAAACCCUGGGCGAGCCCGACGCCGAGUCGUUUGAGCAACUCGCAGCCAUGCUCAAAUCCCAACCCUGGGCCAUGGCCUAUCUAGCCCCCCGCGGCGUUGGCCCCACUGCGUGGAAUCAGUCUUCCAAGGAGCAAACACAAAUCCGGCGACGGUUCAUGCUGCUGGGGCAAACACGCGACGGCAUGCAAGUGUGGGAUGUUCGCCGCGCCGCGCAGGCCCUGCAAUCGAUCGACGAGUUGAACACCGUUCCACUCUGGAUCCAGGCCAACGAUCAAAUGGCCGGGGUCGCACUCUACGCGGCGUUGUUCGAACCCGAUGUGGCCCGACUCGAUCUGUGGCGUGGCAGUACCCGCUAG